CGUUCACACACAGAGGCGGAUUCCUCAUCUAACCCGCAUCAUGCCUUACUUCACCAACCUGCUGUUCCUUAUUUUCUGUCUCGUUCUGGUUGUCGAAUGCGGGAAGCAGAAGAGCAGGAAGCGCAGGUGGUCUGCAAACCUGGAAACUCAUAAACACGGACCCCCACUGUCCAAAAAGGUGGUAGAUGGAACCAAGACAAGAAAAGUGAAAACCAACCAUUUGCUGCGGGUGGAAGAUCACGAUUUCACCAUGAGGCCAGCAUUUGCAGGUCCAGCGGUUCCUGUUGGUGUGGAUGUGCAGGUGGAGAGCUUGGACAGCAUCUCAGAAGUGGACAUGGACUUCACCAUGACACUAUAUUUAAGGCAUUACUGGAAAGAUGAGCGGCUGUCAUUCCCCAGCACCACCAACAAGAGCAUGACUUUUGAUGGUCGGUUGGUGAAAAAGAUCUGGGUUCCAGAUGUUUUCUUCGUCCACUCUAAACGCUCCUUCAUACAUGACACCACCACGGACAACAUCAUGCUCAGGGUUUAUCCUGAUGGACAUGUUUUGUACAGCCUAAGGGUGACAGUAACUGCAGCGUGUAACAUGGACUUCAGUCGCUUCCCUCUUGACACACAAACCUGCACACUGGAGCUAGAAAGCUAUGCCUACACAGAUGAGGAUCUUAUGCUUUACUGGAAGAGUGGAGAUGAAUCCCUAAGCAUAGACGAUAAGAUUUCGCUCUCCCAGUUCCUUAUUCAGAAGUUCCACACCACCUCCAGAUUGGCCUUCUAUAGUAGUACAGGUUGGUACAACCGCCUGUACAUCAACUUCACCCUGAGACGCCACAUUUUCUUCUUCCUGCUGCAGACCUACUUUCCCGCUACUCUGAUGGUCAUGCUGUCCUGGGUGUCCUUCUGGAUCGACCGCCGUGCCGUCCCUGCCAGGGUUUCUUUAGGCAUCACCACGGUGCUCACCAUGUCCACCAUCAUCACAGGUGUAAAUGCGUCCAUGCCCAGAGUGUCCUACAUCAAAGCCGUAGACAUUUACCUCUGGGUUAGCUUCGUCUUCGUCUUCCUCUCUGUCCUUGAGUACGCGGCUGUCAACUACCUGACUACUGUGAAAGACGGGAAAGAACGCAAAUACAGGGAAAAGGCCCGACAUCAGCAGUCUCUGCCGUGUACAUGUGGCCUGCCUCAUGGCAAAAGCAUGAUGGUGGAUGGGACGUACAGUGAGGCAGACAGCAACAGCCUGGCCGGUUACAGCCGGGCACCCAACGGCCCCGAGGAGCUAAACGAUAAACACGAGCGCAUGGUGGUGCACCUCGCCGUUGACCACGACUCGACAGGCGGCAAGAAGAAAGGCCUGCGCGGCCGCAUCAUCCACAGCACUCACGCCAUUGACACGUACUCGCGCAUGAUCUUUCCUGGAGCCUACAUCUUUUUCAACCUUAUCUACUGGUCCGUCUACUGGUGAACCCUUACAGCUGGGAGGUUUUUUGUUUUUUCAUUACAGUACAUUUUAAUGGGAGCCUA